AUGCAGCCCUCCACCGAUCGCCGUCGCGGGGCUGGACCCGUGGCCACCGCCUCCCGCUCCGAGUGGCGCCCCCGCCCCAGCCCCAACCCCAGCCCCGCCGCCUCUUUCCCCGGCGCGGCCGCGGGCCCCGACGCCGCCGGCCCUAUCCUGCCCUUCCCUACCCCGGCCUCGGAGGCCCGGCCGUCCCACCGCCGCUCGCGCCGCUCCAACCACGGCAACAACAACGGGAACAACCACAGUCGCCACUCUGCCCCGCCUCAGGAGCAGAACGACAGCGCGAGAUACCGUCGCCGCGGUCCGCCGCCGGAGAGGCCGGCUCCCGCGCCGCCUGCUCCUGCCCGUGAGCGCGCUCCCGCGCCCGCGCCUGCGGCGGCGACUCGGGGCGAUGGGGCGGUGCCGCAGCUGGUGCAGGAGAUCCAAGACAAGCUCGCCCGCGGCGCGGUGGAGUGCAUGAUAUGCUACGACAUGGUGCGGCGGUCGGCUCCCAUCUGGUCCUGCGGCAGCUGCUUCUCCAUAUUCCACCUCCCCUGCAUCCGCAAGUGGGUGCGCUCCCCGGCCUCCGCCGCCGAGGCAUCCCCGGCAGCAGACCCCGCCUCCCCCUCCUGGCGCUGCCCGGGGUGUCAGUCCGUGUACGCCACCCCCGCCCGCGACCUCGCCUACACCUGCUUCUGCGGGCGCCGGAGAGACCCCCCCAACGACCAUUUCCUAACACCCCACUCCUGCGGCGAGCCCUGCUCCAAGCCUCUCGAGAGGGCGGAACAGCCGGGCGCCAAGGGGGAGGAUGUUGACGCCACCAGCUGCCCGCACGUCUGUGUCCUUCAGUGCCACCCGGGCCCGUGCCCGCCCUGCAAAGCAUUUGCUCCGGAUCGGCCCUGCCCCUGCGGGAAGCAGAUCAUCGUGCGGCGGUGUGCGGACCGGAGCACGCCUGUGACCUGUGGCCGCCCUUGUGAACAGAUGCUACCUUGCAAAAGGCAUCGCUGUGAGAAGGUUUGCCACACUGGUUCUUGCGGGGAUUGUGCGGUUCUCAUCUCUGCACGGUGCUUCUGCGGGAAGAAGAAUGAGACAUUCCUAUGUGGAGACAUGAUGGUAAAGGGGAAGCUGUCUGAGGAGGACAGGGUGUUUUCUUGCAAUGAGGUGUGUGGCCGCACACUUGCCUGUGGCAAUCAUGCUUGCAAGGAUAUGUGCCACCCAGGGCCUUGUGGAGACUGCGAGCUCAUGCCAGGGAAGGUCAGUACAUGCCAUUGCGGCAAGACCAGGCUGCACGAGAGGAGGGCGAGCUGCUUGGACGCAAUCCCCACCUGCGACAAGAUAUGCGAUAAGAAACUGCCAUGUGGGGUGCAUAGGUGCAAGGUCAAUUGCCAUGAGGGAGAAUGUCCACCUUGUUUGGUCCGCGUUGAGCAGAAGUGCCGUUGUGGCUCAUCAGGUCUGAUGGUAGAGUGCUACAAGGUCGCAAUGGAAGAGUUCCGCUGCAACAAGCCUUGUGGUCGCAAGAAGAACUGUGGGAGGCAUCGGUGCAGUGAGCUCUGUUGCCCACUGUCUAGGAAAGUUGCACAGCUUGAAGGUGGCAACUGGGAUCCUCAUCUCUGCCAGAUAUCAUGUGGCAAGAAGCUCCGGUGUGGGCAGCAUGCGUGCCAGCUACUCUGCCACAGUGGUCAUUGCCCACCCUGCUUUGAGACUAUAUUCACUGAUCUCACUUGUGCCUGUGGCAGAACUUCUCUCCCGCCACCUCUGCCUUGUGGAACACCGACACCAUCUUGUCCACAUCAGUGCUCAGUUCCCCAGCCUUGCGGACAUCCUGCCUCACAUUCAUGCCAUUUUGGGGACUGUCCGCCUUGUAUCGUGCCAGUGAUGAGAGAAUGCAUUGGGGGGCAUGUGAUGCUGAGGAAUAUCCCUUGCGGAUCGAAGGAUAUCAGGUGCAACCAAUCAUGUGGGAAGAAUCGCCAAUGUGGAAUCCAUGCUUGCAACAGGCCUUGCCAUCCUCCCCCUUGUGAUCAGACACCUGCAAAUGGAGAUGCUAGCUCAAGCUCUGGUGGCAAAGCAGCUUGUGGACAGGUAUGUGGUGCUGCAAGGAGAGAAUGCAAGCACACAUGCACUGCCCCAUGUCACCCAUCUUCCCAAUGCCCAGAUUUGAGAUGUGAAUUUGCAGUGACUAUUACCUGUUCUUGUGGCCGAAUCACUGCAACUGUUCCCUGCGGUGCUGGUGGAUCCUCCACGGGUGAUAAUAUGUUUGAAGUCUCCAUCAUACAGAAGCUGCCAUUGCCACUCCAGCCAGUGGAAUCAAAUGGGAGGAGGGUGCCUCUUGGGCAGAGGAAGAUUUCUUGUGAUGAGGAGUGUGCAAAGAUGGAGAAGAAGAGGGUCCUUGCUGAAGCAUUUGACAUCACUCCACCCAAUUUGGAUGCAUUGCAUGUUGGUGAGAAUUCAAGUUCAUCAGAUUUGGUUUCUGACCUGUUCCGGCGUGAGCCAAAGUGGGUGCUGGCCAUAGAAGAGAGGUGCAAGUUCCUUGUACUUGGCAAGGUGAGAGGCAGUUCUUCAAGCAAUCUGAAACUGCAUGUCUUUUGCCCCAUGUUGAAGGACAAGAGAGAUGCCAUCAGGCUAAUUGCAGGCCGGUGGAAGCUUUCUGUCAAGGCGGCUUGUUGUGAGCCUAAGCGUUUUGUUACUAUCCAUGUCACACCCAAAUCAAAACCGCCUGCUCGCAUACUGGGAUCCAAGGCAGGAGCACCUGUUACAGCUGCCCAUCCUUACUUUGAUCCACUUGUUGACAUGGAUCCGAGGCUAGUUGUCGCCAUGCUUGACCUGCCACGGGAUGCUGAUGUCAACGCUCUAGUCCUAAGGUUUGGUGGGGAAUGUGAAUUGGUCUGGCUGAAUGACAAGAAUGCCAUUGCUGUAUUCAAUGAUCCAGCUAGAGCAGCAACAGCGCUGAGGCGGCUGGAUUAUGGCUCUGCUUACCAGGGCGCUGCGAUGUUUAUGCCAAGCAGCGCUCAGGCAUCUUCUUCAGGCAAUGUUUGGAUUGGAGAGCAGAAGGAUGGGGGGCUCACUGCUAGGAGCAAUCCAUGGAAGAAGCCUGAUCUGCCCUCUGGAGACUGGACUAGUGUUGCUGGCCAUGCUCCAGCACCUGGAUGGAGAGGCGCCAACACUGCCUCUCAAGUCAUGGGUACUCCGAACCGAUGGAAUGUUCUGGACUCAGACGCUGCUGCAAGCUCUGGUCCAGGCGAUGAGCGAAAGCCUGCUCCGCGCACGGAUGCUGCAUACAGCGCAAUACCAAACGCUGGGAAUGCUGGGCCAUCUGUGACUAAGCUGCAGCCGGAUGUAGAGGUGGACGACUGGGAAGAAGCUUGUGAAUGA